AUGAAAGCUGCUGAUGAUGGCCUCAAACAGAAGGAUGAGAUGAUUGCCCGUCUGGAGGAGAAGACCAAUCAAAUCACAGCAACCAUGAAGCAACUUGAACAAAGAUUGCAGGAGGCCGAGAGGGAUCGCUCGACGGCCGAGGAAGGAACGCGGAAGUUCAAGCAGGACUUUGCCAACAAAGCAGACAGUCUACAGAAGCAGAUUGCCCAGAGAGAGAAGCAGAUGCUGCAGCUGGAGACGGACCUGAAGAUUGAGCGGGAGUGGCGACAGACCUUACAGAAUGAUCUAGAACGGGAGCGCGAGACUGUUGCUCAACUCAGUGCUGAGGCUCGGCAGAUAAAUGGACUCAAAAAAGAGUUUCACCGGAUGCAUGAUGAAAACAGACAGCUGAAGGGUAUCUGUGAGGAGCAAGAACAAGCCCUAGAGGAGCUUGGCUGCAAACUUAGCGAAUCCAAACUGAAAAUUGAAGACAUAAAAGAAGCAAACAAGGCACUUCAGGGAGGCCAAGUAUGGCUGAAGGAUAAGGAUGCUUCCCACUGUAAACUGUGUGAAAAGGAGUUUUCCAUUUCCAGAAGAAAGCACCACUGCAGGAACUGCGGCGAGAUUUUCUGCAACGCCUGCUCCGACAACGAGCUGCCACUCCCCGCCUCGCCCAAACCGGUGCGAGUGUGCGACACAUGCCACGCACUCCUGCUUCAGCGCUGCUCCUCCACUACCACCUAAACUAGAAGGAGGCCAGGGGUUGCCACACUACAGAGAGUACACUCACGUACUACAGCCACAGACUAGACACUGCUUUAACAGAGCAGACACAGCAAUAGCCACCUGUUGCUACUGUCACAAUGUACAACAACUAAAAUCCAAGAUGGCCGACCACUGGUUUCAGGUGUUAAAGACGUUUACAUUCUCCUCAGUGUUGUGCCUGAGCCAAGAUACUUUUUUGAGAUUACAUGACUUUUUGGCAGCUGGCCAAAAUCAGACAUUCAGAAUGACUGAACAUUCCAAACUUGAAGUACAAAUACCUCUCUGUAGUCCAUACAAUGCAUCAAAUCAGUGAAGACUAUUGUGAUAAAUGCUCUAUCCCAUGUGAUGGACAGAAGACUGUUGAGAUAUCUGAUUUAUUACUGAAGUGCAAGAUAUUGAUUGAUAUUCACACGUGCCUAAGUAAGAAGCCAAAAUAAUGAAUGAGGACAUUUCCAGACAUUUCUUUGUAGAAAAGUCAGACAGAGACGUUUGACCACCCUAAAGCACUAAGAUUCUUAAUGCUGCUUUGAUUUUAAUGACAAAACUGCACAGUAUCAGUUCUACAAAACUUGCCAUUUACUAAGAGAAAUCUGUACUUGUAUUUAGAACGAGGUACUAUAUGUAACAUAGCACAUAAUGGUCAUAAAAACGCCAAGGUUUUUACUUUAUUUCCUUUUUUUUUAAAAGUGUAAAACUGGAAUGCCUCACAAAAGAAUAUGUAUGAUGUCAGUAUGAUUGAUAAUUUAUGCCAGUUACAUGAUAUAUUUAAAACCGAACUUGCAACAAGACCUGACUUCAUAAAACGGCCAGAUAUUUCAAUUGUGAAAUGUUGUACAGUUGGAUAAAUAUGUACUAAACCACUGGUGGUUAUAUCUGUUGAUUGUUUUUGUAUUUGUGUGGAAGCACAAUGGAUACUGAUUAGUUUUCAUAUCAAAUUCAAAUAUAUCACUUUUGGUUGUCUGAAA